UCUCCUCCAGCCCGAGCCAUGUCCUGCUACGACCUGUGCCGGCCCUGCGGCCCCACCCCGCUGGCCAACAGCUGCAACGAGCCCUGCGUGCGGCAGUGCCAGGACUCGCGGGUCAUCAUCGAGCCGUCCCCCGUGGUGGUCACCCUGCCCGGGCCCAUCCUCAGCUCCUUCCCCCAGAACACCGCCGUGGGAUCCUCCACCUCCGCCGCCGUGGGCAGCAUCCUCAGCGAGUCUGGGGUCCCCAUCAACUCGGGGGGCUUUGGGCUCUCGGGGCUCUCCGGCCUCGGUGGCCGCUACUGCGGCCGCAGGUGCCUGCCCUGCUAG